AGCCGACACGGCUCCGAGUGUUCGCCACUUAGUGCAACCCGGACUGUACACCGGAUCGGUGUGGUCCGUUAAAGGGUUCAUUUCGCCUCUUGUUGCUCUCACGAGCUCGCGUGCUCGCGAGGCUCGGUUUCGGCGAAACAGCCUUGUGAGAAAAAAGUGCAAGCUAAUGUCUUAGAGAAGAUCGAAGAAGCACCCUAAGGGAUGGAAAACGUGAUCGAGCUAGUGUAGCGGCGCGUGUUUGGAAGAACACUUGCCAUCCUAAUCCGGUCGAUCAUCCGGAGCGAGCAGGAUGACAAUGGAAGAUCGCACGGGUGGCAUCGAUCGCGCCGCCCCCGCGACCUCGACGCCGGCUACGACGACGCUGACGUCGGCGUGCCCCACGUCUAUCAGCGAUGUGACACCCGAUGCCUCGUACCCUCUUCAGCGUGCCAGCAAGCGGACCUUCGACGUCGCCUUCCUGGUAGCGCCCGACGAGAACCUGGCACGUCGUCAACACGAGAAGUUGCGAUUGAUCUCCAGUCGAAAGGAGCGUCCGCGAGAUGACAUCUCCGUUGAUAACGUCCUGGAUGCUGAGAGGUUGCCGCAGAAUCUCACCAUCAAGCACUACGACAACGAUUCCGGCGGUUCAGAAAGAAGGCGAAUGUUACAAUGCACGGAGAACUCGUUGAGUCCGCCCUACGUGUCGCCGAGAACCUUGACGCCGACCUUGCCGGGACUUUCCCCAGACACCGACGGAAGGAGAUACCCGCCGAGCGGUGGCGGUCGACUUCAGAAGACUCCGAGUCCGCCUACCUUCGUCAGUCAUCAGUCUAUGCUGACUACCUGUCCGGAAUCGGCGGAUCCUUCGGUCUUAUCCUGCGCGAAGGUCUACGAGACUGGUGGUAUCCCCUGCGUGAGCGAUCGCCACGGCGAAUCUCGCAGUGCCUUCACGAAGGUCAACCUGGCAGGACAACGAAACGGCUUCAACGAUGACAGCCAGGCGUCUCCUAGAUCGUCGAUAUCGCCGGACGAUCGCGCUAGCUAUCAGAGCAGCGUCAGUCCGCCGGUGGUGUCGUUGGCCGGUGCGGCUAGUUACAAGUACGCGCCGUUUCCCACCAAGAUGGCAUAUCCAUUUUUGACAGUGGGAGCGGAGACCGGCCAGUCGGGAUUGUUGGAGAACUUGAAGAUCCCGCAGAUCGCUCAGCCGCCCAAGGUGCCCAGUCCGAAGGUGUCCGCUUUCCGACCGGAUCUUCCGCCGGUCUAUCCUAAUCUUUCCUACAAUCCGAUCUCUGUUUUCCCGCCGAUGGCGGACGCUCUCGCCAGACCGCGAUUCCUGGCCACGGCCGCCGGCCUUUUGCCGCCGUCAUUCGCCGCUCUGACCUUGCCGGCGCAGAACGUCUGCGCCAAAUGCAAUCUGUCGUUCAGGAUGACUUCCGACUUGGUCUACCACAUGCGCUCUCAUCACAAGAGCGAGAGCGCGGGCGAAGCGGCGAGAAGAAGGAGAGAAGAGAAGCUUAGGUGUCCGGUCUGCGACGAGAGCUUUCGUGAAAGGCACCAUCUCACGAGACAUAUGACCGCUCAUCAGGACAAGGAAAGCGACGGUAUCGUCGAGCAGGUUGAGGUCAAGAGGAGGGCAACUUCCGUUCACAGUAAGUGACGACGAAAAUUGCCGAUCGAGGACGAGAUUCUAACGGCUGGCUAUUCCUUUGAGAACUGAAUCGAUGGAUAACGGGAAGCAGCAGCAGGCUAUCGAUGCUCUUAGGUAAUAACGAUCAAAUUGUUUGGCGUUUAUCAAUUGAGAAAGAAAUCGAGAUAUCGCUUCUUGCGAAAAAAAUACGUUUCAAUUACGUAUCGGAGGUAUACAAAUCUUAUCAUCUUCUCGGUAGUUGUGGUUAAAUACAUUUUUGCACAUCUCUCUUCUAUCGUGAAUAUAUAUAUGCGUUGUGCAGAUUU